AUGGAAAUCUUUACAAUGCUCUUUGUCUUUACAUCACUUCUGUUCUCCAUUCUAAGUAUCUCGAACACCAAAGACAUCAUCACUCCAAGUGUAUCGAUCGGAGAUGGAGAGACCCUUGUUUCCUCCGGUGGAAGCUUCGAAUUAGGAUUCUUUAGCCCUGGCAAUUCGAAUAACCGAUACUUGGGAAUAUGGUACAAUGGAAUAUCUCCUCAGACAGUUGUAUGGGUGGCCAACAGAGAAAAUCCACUUACUCAUCUCUCAGCAGGAGCUUUGAAUAUCACUGAUCAAGGAGCUCUUGUUCUUUUAAGCGACACAAAUAGAAAUAGCAUUGUUUGGUCAUCCAACUCUUCAAGAAAAUUCAUAAGGAAACCAGUUGCUCAGCUCCAAGAAUCAGGAAAUCUUGUUGUGAAAGAUGGAAAUGAGCUUGUGUGGCAGAGCUUUGAUUAUCCAACUGAUAAUUUGCUACCAGGAAUGAAGCUUGGCUGGAACUUGAAAACCGGGCUAAACAAAGUUUUGUCUUCUUGGAAAGAUGCAGAUGAUCCUGCUCUGGGCGAAUUCUCAUUUUCCAUAGAUCGUAGUGGAUACCCUCAACUGGUUGUUAAGAAAGGUCCUAGAGCACAGUAUAGGUUGGGUUCAUGGAAUGGCCUUAGUUUUACAGGGAGUCCUGAACUUAGAUCUGGUAAUGAAUUAUUCAAAUUCGAUUUCGUGUUGAAUGAGAGUGAGGUCUCUUACAAGUUUGAGCUCCUGAAGGAUGCAUUGCAUUCAAGAUUACUGCUGAACUUGUCCGGUGGCUUGCAGCGGUUCAUGUGGGUUGAUAAAUCACAGAGCAAUAACAUAAUUUACUCUGCUCCGAUAGAUCGGUGUGACACCUAUGAUUUAUGUGGUGCAUAUGCAUUUUCUUUCUGCAAGCUUGGUGCUGAUCCUCAAUGUUCAUGCUUACAAGGUUUCGUACCAAAAUCUCCAAGAUACCAGAAUUCGAAAAACACGUCUUUGGGGUGUGUUCCUAAAACUCCACUGGGUUGUAGUAAUGAAGACGGAUUUCAGAGUUUCACUAGGGCGAAAUUACCGGAUACAUCUUCGUCGUGGAUCGAUAGUACUAUGUCCCUCGAGGAAUGCAAGAAAAUGUGUUUGAAAAACUGCUCUUGCACAGCAUAUGCAAAGUUGGAUAUUAGUGAAGGAGGAAGUGGAUGUUUGCUUUGGUUUGGUGACCUCAUUGAUAUAAAAGAAUUCGACUCUGGUGGGCAAGACCUUUUUGUCCGGACAGCCCUCUUGGGAUUAGAUGACAUCAAGACAAGCAAGCCCUCCGGUGUAAAGAAGAAAGUGGCAAUCAUAGCCAGCGUUGGGCUGCUAGGCAUGGGAAUGAUAAUACUAGGUUUGGUUUUUUACAAGCGGAAGAAGAAAUUGAAAGCACAAGGAAAAAUGAAAAACAUACGUGAAAAGAACUUUGAUUUUGAAUGCGGAAACGAAGACAUGGAGCUGAUAACAUUUGAUUUGGCCACCGUAUCUAGAGCCACUGAUAAUUUCUCAAACAAUAACAAGCUGGGAGAAGGUGGUUUUGGACCAGUAUACAAGGGCAUACUGAUAGAGGGGCAAGAUAUAGCAGUCAAAAGGCUUUCAAAAUGUUCGGGGCAAGGAAUUAAAGAAUUCAUGAAUGAAGUAAUAUUGAUUGCUAAACUUCAACACAGAAAUCUUGUAAAGCUUCUUGGUUGCUGUAUUGAGGGAGACGAAAAAAUGUUAAUUUAUGAAUACAUGCCCAACAAGAGCUUGGACUACUUCAUAUUUGAUGAUACAAGAAGUAAAUUCCUCGGUUGGGAUCAACGCAUCAGUAUCAUCGGUGGAAUUGCUCGAGGACUUCUUUAUCUUCACCAAGAUUCUAGACUAAGGAUAAUCCAUAGGGAUCUUAAAACCAGCAAUGUUUUGCUAGAUAAAGAUAUGAAUCCAAAAAUAUCUGAUUUUGGCACGGCUAGAGCAUUCGGGGCAGAUCAAACUGAGGAAAAUACUAAUAGAGUGGUUGGAACUUAUGGCUACAUGUCUCCUGAGUACGUAGUUGAUGGACUCUUCUCAGUCAAAUCCGAUGUCUAUAGCUUCGGCGUCAUGGUGCUGGAGAUAGUGAGCGGGAAGAAGAACAGGGGAUUUUAUCAUCCAGAGCACCGGCUUAACCUUCUAGGACAUGCAUGGACUCUAUUGAUUGAAGGAAGGCCAUUGGAAGUACUGGAUAAGGUGUUAGAUGGCUCGUGUCCUCUACCAGAAGUGUCGCGAUGCAUUCACAUAGCUCUGUUGUGUGUGCAGCAACAACCAGAAGAUAGACCAAACAUGGCAUCUGUGGUGCUGAUGUUGGGUGGUGAGGGUUCAUUGCCUGCGCCCAAACAACCAGAAAACCCCGCACUUCCUAAAUACACACCUAGCAAGAAAAAAACAAAACAAAAACUCGUCAACCUCACACCCCAGGUUAUAAUUGAUUCACAACCUUUGACGGUGGCUAUACUUGAGGCCUUGUUCUUCGAUGAGAACAUUGCGUUCCUUGGAGCUAUAGGCCUUGUUCUUGGUGUAAUUGGACUUUUACUUCUUGAGAGACCAACAACAUGUGAAUGCACAACUUUUAUUUGGUUGACGAAGACGGUUUUCUUCCUCAAUGGAAAAUGCUUCCCUAGCGUGUUGAAUGUUUUGCCAUUAUCAACUUAUCAAGAACUUUGUACAAGAAGGAACCCAGCAGUAAAAGAUGGAAAACUUUUAGUCCAAAACGCGUUUUGUAUUCAAUUGAUGACAGUUGACAGCAUUAGCCCCUCGCAGUCUGUCAGUGACAACACGACGUUGAUUUCUAGUGAUGGAAGCUUUGAGCUUGGUUUCUUCAGUCCUGGUAGCUCCACGAAUCGUUACUUGGGAAUUUGGUACAAGAACAUGAACAUCCCAGGUAGAACUGUUGUUUGGGUUGCAAACAGAUGCAACCCCAUUAAUGAUUCUUCCGGCAUGUUGAUGAUAAACAUCACAGGCAAUCUUGUGCUGUUUGGUCAGAACAAGAGUGUUGUUUGGUCCACAAGCUCAGUUAAACGUGUUGAAAAUUCAAUGGUACAGCUUUUAGAUUCUGGAAAUUUGGUAGUAAGAGAUGCGAAAGAUGGAAUUUCAGGACCCUAUUUGUGGCAAAGUUUCGACUAUCCUUCUGAUACAUUGUUACCAGGAAUGAAGUUGGGAUGGGACUUAAGGACGGGUCUGAAACGACACAUAUCGGCAUGGAAAAACUCAGAAGAUCCCUGUCCAGGCAAUUUCACGUAUGGGAUUGAAAUGGAACUUCAAGCAUACCCUGAGGCAUAUAUUCGCAAUGGCACUGCGAAAAUUUAUCGUGCCAGUCCGUUUAAUGGCCUCACUUUCUGUGGUUCAUCAGAGAAACAUCCUGCUCGUUACGGUUUCAACUUUGUGUACAAUGAUGAUGAAGUGUACUACAUGUACAAACCUACCAUUAAGUCUAUAACCUCAAGAAUAGUUUUGAACCAAACCACCAGUUCAUGUAUUCGGUUUCAUUGGAAGAAAGAAGAUGAAGCUUGGACUGCCCAUUUAUCAAGACCUAGAGAUGUGUGCGAUCAUUAUGGCUUCUGUGGAGCGAAUGGAAAUUGUAUUGGUGAGAAUCCAGUCUGCCAAUGUCUAAAGGGAUUCAAGCCUAAGUCUCAAGAAAAAUGGAAUUUGGCAGACUGGUCUCUAGGAUGUGUGCGCAAUAAACCCUUGAGCUGUCAGAAAACAGAUAAAGAUGGGUUUCUCAAAUUCGUUGGCUUGAAAUUGCCAGAUACUACGCAUUCUUGGGUGAACAAAAGUAUGAAUCUCAAGGAAUGCAGAGCCGAAUGCUUGAACAACUGUUCUUGUAUGGCUUACAGAAGCUCAGAUAUCAGAGGAGGUACUGGCUGUGCCAUCUGGUUUGGUGAUCUAAUAGAUACCACACAGGCUUUGACUUCUGGGCAGGAAAUAUAUAUUCGAAUGUCAGCUUCGGAGUUAGAAGAAAAUGACGGUAAGCGGAAGACUGCAUUGAUAGUUGUAGCUGUCAUAGCAGUGGUGUUUUCUGGAGUGCUGUUAGUUGCCUGUUACAUUCACCGGAGAAGGAAAAAAUUAAAGGAAAUAAGAGACAGAAAUCAGGACAAUGAGGGGGCACCAAAGGAGGACCUGGAGCUCCCGCUCUUCGAAUUGGCCACUGUAAUUAGUGCCACAGAUAACUUUUCAAGCAAUAACAAGCUGGGAGAAGGUGGCUUUGGACCAGUUUACAAGGGGACGCUAGCAGAUGGACAAGAAAUUGCUGUGAAGAGGCUUUCAAGAAGUUCUGGCCAAGGAAUGAAUGAGUUCAUGACUGAAGUUAUACUGAUUGCCAAACUUCAGCACCGAAAUCUGGUAAAACUUCUUGGUUGCUGCGUUCAAGGAGAGGAGAAAAUGCUGAUCUAUGAAUACAUGCCCAACGGAAGCCUGGACUCAUUCAUCUUUGAUCAAACGAGUGGAGAACUACUGUUAGAUUGGCCUAAACGUUACCACAUUAUUUGUGGAAUUGCUCGUGGUCUCCUCUAUCUGCACCAAGAUUCCAGGCUAAGGAUUAUUCAUAGAGAUCUCAAAGCAAGUAAUGUCCUACUUGAUAAUGAAAUGAAUCCAAAAAUUUCGGACUUUGGCUUGGCUCGAACAUUGACUGGGGGAAAUCAGACUGGAGGAAAUACAAACAGAGUGGUUGGAACAUACGGUUACAUGGCACCCGAGUAUGUUAUUGACGGUCUAUUUUCUGUAAAGUCUGAUGUCUUUAGCUUUGGUGUUUUGGUGCUGGAGGUCAUUAGUGGAAGGAAAAACAAGGGAUUCUACCAUCCAACCAGCCCUAACCUUAUUGGACAUGCAUGGAGAUUAUGGAAUGAAGGAAGGCAUUUAGAACUGAUUGAUACAUAUUUAGGAAGUGCAUCUACUCUAUCAGAAAUGUCGCGUUGCAUCCAUGUUAGUCUCUUGUGUGUGCAGCAUCAUCCUGAGGACAGGCCAAGCAUGGCGUCUGUGGUUAUAAUGCUGGGAAGUGAGAUGGCUUUGGCUCAGCCCAAACAACCUGGUUUCUUCAUGAAAAAGGAAUCACAUGAAGCAGGUCAUUCUUCAGAAAAGCAAUCAUCUUCAGCCAACGAAUUAUCCAUUACGGAUUUGGAGGCUAGAUAA